GGCCACAAGGCGCAACAGGACCGCAAGGAGCAACAGGACCACAAGGAGCAACAGGACCACAAGGAGCAACAGGACCCCAAGGAGCAACAGGACCACAAGGCGCAACAGGUCCCCAAGGAGCAACAGGACCACAAGGAGCAACAGGACCCCAAGGAGCAACAGGACCCCAAGGAGCAACAGGACCCCAAGGAGCAACAGGACCCCAAGGAGCAACAG